AUGCUUCAAACAUGUGCCAUAGAAAAAUGUAAACGUAAAUCACGUUCGAUAUGUUCAUGUUGACAUAUUGAUUUAACAACAUUAGCUAAUUGUCAUAUUCAGGAUGAAAUAAAAACUAUUGAAAAUACACGUUUACAACUCGAAAUCCGUCCAUUAACAAUAGAUGAUAGUUUGAUUUUUAUUGAAGAAUUUGAACCAAAUAAAUGUAAUUUAGUAAAUCUUACAAUAUCUUAUCGAACAAUUGAUUGUUCAGGUGAAUGGGGACCCGUACUUGCUAAUAAUAAUCGAUACUUAUUGAUAGAUCGACAUCCAAAUUUAUGUUUAAUUAAUCAAAAACUUGAAAUAAUUAAAAGAUCUCCAUGGAAAUUCGAUUUUAUUCGUGAUAUGUGUUGGUCAUCAACAUUAAAUUGUUUUAUUGUAACAACUAGAACUCGUGAAAUUUAUCUUAUUAAUGAAAAAACAUUAGCAACAGAACUUGUUCAAACUAUUGAAGAACAAGAUUGGUCAUCUUGUACAUGUUCUGAUACAUCUUUUUAUUUAACUGUACGUCGAGAAGGAACAAAUAUUUUUGAAUUUAAUCUUUUAUCUUCGUUUGCUUUGAUAAAACGAUGGAAACCUCCACAUUCAUGUAAACAUUAUGAAGUUAGGCUUAAUACUGCAUAUAAAAAUAAAACACUUGCUUUAGUUAUUUCACAUUCUACCACUAGUAUUGUACAUUUAGAACUUUGUUCAUCAAUAACACUCGAUCGGCUUUGGUUACUUGACCUUAAUAUUUCACAUACAAUUGGUCAACCAUUAAUACGUUGUUCUUCAUUGACAUGUGAUGAAUGGGUUGUUGUGGAUAACAAUACUUCACAAUUAUUUCAUGUCAAAAAAGAUGGACAAAUUAAAUCUGUAUAUCCAUGUAAUCCAGCACCUUGA